CACGAAAAUGCUCAGAUUGUAUGCGCAGUAGACCACGUGCGACGCGAAACCAACAUUCCAUAUUGGUGCAGAGAGUUGAUGGUUUACAAACAUUGAAUAAACGUAUUAAUAAGAAAAUAAAACAUCUGUCAAUUGCCAAAAACCGAUCCAUCGAAGGAUAGAAGUAAUAACGCGUCCCGAAAGAAAUUAUGAGUUCAAAUGAAUGCUUCAAAUGUCACAAAACUGGACAUUUUGCUCGUGAAUGUCCACAAAGUGACAGCCGUGGAAAUGGAAGACCCAGAGCAAUAAGCCGUGGAACUCGAUCUGAUAAUAGAGCCUUAUUAAGAGUGUCUUGCUAUAAUUGUGGAAAAACUGGACACAUUGCUAGAGAUUGUAGGGAACAAGAAAAAACUUGUUAUGUUUGUAAAAAGCAAGGCCAUAUCUCAAGAGAAUGUGAACAGGAUGAUCGAAAGUGUUAUGUUUGUGGAAAAAUUGGCCACAUAUCUCGUGAUUGUCCUGAUGGAGAUAAAGAUGAGCGCAAAUGUUACACAUGUGGUGGAUGUGGUCAUAUCAGUCGUGAUUGUCCACAAGCUGGAAAUACUGCUGAAGCUGAUGAUACAGUCUGUUAUCGCUGUAAUGAAAAGGGACACAUUGCCCGUAAUUGUCGUCCAUCUCGCAGCAGUAAGUGCUAUCAAUGUGGAGAAUUUGGUCAUAUUGCCCGUGAAUGUGAACUGAAAGCUUAAUCUUCCUUCUGCCCACGUCGCAGCCUAUUAGAAUGUGUUGGACCAAAGCACUGGAACGUCCAUGUGCCACAGCCUGGGUUGGAAACCUUUCCUUGUGGGCAGUCAGCUGUGCGCCAAGGAAGUCCCGAAUGUGUUUGAUGCCGGUGAGCCGUUUCUUCAUGUUGUCAAUCAAAUUUGUUAUUCCUGCCAGUGUGGUGGGGACAGUCAAAGGGACGAUGGGAGAUUGUUGACUGAUUUCCGUCAAUGUACAGAAAAUAAUUAUUUAAGGAAACGUUUAUAUACACAGGCUGCGUUUUCGAAAACUAAAUAAUAUAAAAUGACUGAAUGGAAAAGUCCAAUUCGUUACAGUAAAAUAAUCCGAUAUAUAUUUCUGGUAACGGUAAUGAAUACCGAAUUUCAAUUAAUUAUUUAUGUCUAGAUUAUGAAAGGAGUCUUGGUGAUGGUAAGAAAUAGGUUAAUUUGAGAUUCUACUUCAUUAUAAUUUAAAAUCAUAAAAAUAUCAUUGCACAUUUGACGGAACUUGUAGUAACAUUGUUCCUUUGAAGUACAAAGACGGGUGUUGGCACUUGUGGGAAUGGAAGUUGUCUUUGUUUUUCUCUCCUGAAGUAAUUAUUAGCCCUUUGAAUAAUGGAGAGGUAGAUGUGCAUAAAAUUUUGAUUUAGAAGUUGUUGUGAGAGAAAAUUUGUACAUAUUUUUGCUAUUAUCCAUUGAGAAAAAUAAUUGCAAUCAUUUUAAUCUCUGCAGAAAAUUUUUGUUUUACGAAGUAAUUAUGGGAAAAAGUAAUAACAAAUGAUAGAAAUUUGAUUAUAGUAUAUUAUUUUGUUAAUACAGGAAAUUCUAAUUGUUUGUUGACAGUGGCAGUUGUCAUUUUAAUGAAGUUUGAAUGAAGGAGGCGCGACUUAAGAAAUGUCAAUUUAAAAUUUUUACAAAAGUAUAGUUUUAAUUGAGUCAUUAAAAGAAUGCCAUAUAGCUGUUGGUGAACUAGAUAAUUUGUUUAGUCAUUAAAUGUUGUUAGUAGUACAAAUAUUUUUACAUUUUCAAUUUAUAAAAA